GCGGUGUCGUAAUUGUACUGCAUCCUUAGGAAAAUUAUGGGAAAACCAAGCUGUUCAAAUUCAAGCUUCAACUGAAACGUACCAUAUAUACAUACACAUACACGUAUACUUAAAGAUCUGAUGCGAUGGCUAUACCAACCAUGAAUAAGUGCUGCUGCCUUCAACUGAGGUGGGGAGCUCUCAUUGCCGUAUUGGUUGACUUGCUCUUUACAGGCUCAGUCCAGAUGUCGGAUAAAGGAAGUGAUAUUUUGGGAAUCUUCUGGUACCUUGGCAUACUGGUUCAUGUAGUUCACAUAGUCUCUAUCAUUUUGGUUUUGGUUUCUCUUUGUGUGCCAAACAAAAAGCUUGUCAUCCCUUAUCUGAUAACUGCAAUAAUUUGCUUCAUAGUGGAUAUCAUAUAUCUUAUAUUAUUGUGCAUAAAAGCGGACGAACUGAAUAUCUUAGCGCUGGCUAUCAACGUAAUUAUCAAAAUUUUAACAAUCUACUUGUGGUUCAUUGUCUACUCAUGGUACAAGAAGCUUGAAGGCUCACAAGAUUCAUAGAUCA